AUGCGAUAUAAUUGUCCUGUAUGGUCAGCCUUUGUAGCCGCCAAGCCGAAUGGGGAGGGGUUGGCCAGGCGAAAUGGCCGUCAGCACACAAACACAGCUACCCCUCCUUCCCUAUCUAAACCACCGGACAGUAAGUAG